GAGGGAGAGAUGUGACUGAGGAGUGUGUGGAAAGGAGGAGGCUGGGAGGUGUGCUGCUCUGCUGCUGCUAAAAAUCCACUCCAGACAUAUGCAUUUCCUCCACUCCAGCACAACCAGGCGACUUUGAAAGUUGCAGCGCUCAGAGUUUGUUAGCUCCUUCGUCAGAAAGGAGGAAGCUCUCCAGACCUACACAAGCUCAUCCUUUUGUUCUCUCCAUCCCUUUCAUAUCCUCUGCUUUGGUCUGGUGACCCGACGCAGCGACUCUCUGCAUCUGCAGAACAGAUGUUCAGUUAUUUUCACAGCUAGUUUGAGAUUCUGGGAUAUUCUUGGAGCACUUCUGCUCUGCUUCAUCCAGUGGUCAGUGUAGAAAUGAGGGUGGUCGUGCUGCUCGGGUUGACCCUAUGUUGCGUCCUGGUCUGCGCUCAAGAUGAUACUAAACUCUCCAGAAGCACAGUUCAGGUGAGAGAAGAAGGACUCACAAAGCCCAGAGGGGAGGAUGAAGGAGUAAUGUCAGAUGAGCCGAUAGCUGAAGUGGUGGAAGAGGACAAAACAAAACCAAAGAAGAAGAAAACACCUGAGGAGAUUGAGGCAGCCAGGGCAAAGAAGGCAGCAGAGAAAGAGGCUAAAGCAAAGAAGCAGAAAGCUCCGAAGCCCACCAAAAAGCCAAAGCCUCCAAAAUCAACAAAGAAACCCAAACCACCCAAACCCACAAAGAAGCCCAAGACCCCAAAACCUACCAAAACCCCAAAGAUUACAACCACAACACAACUGGAUAUCAGGCGCCCUUCUCUGGACGAGGAGGAAGAGAAGCUGCUCAUAGAGCUUGGCUGGGACACUUUGAUUCGACCUGUGACUCCUGGAAGGGAAGAGCCAGUGGAGCCAGACUGGGUCUUAAAGAAGCCGACACCUCCAAUAAAAACUCUGAGUGAGCCUGACACCGACUACUGGGACAUCAGACAUGAGGUGCCUGGUGGAUACCCUGAUAACAUAAGAGAAGUCACAACUACUGAGGUCAUCAUGUACAUACCAGAGGAAACCACCGCCAUCCCAUUCGUUGGUCCCUGGUAUGAAGAAUACGACUAUGCUGACUUGGCAGCUAAAAAACAAGAGGAAGAAGAGGAGAGAGCUCGAAAGGAAAAGGCUGAAAAAGCCGAGCGGCUGAGGAAGAAGUGGGAGGAGGAGGAAGAGGAGCGACUGAGGCAGAUUGCAGUGCCUCCUGAACCAAAAAAGUGUCCUCCUCUGGGUUUGGAGUCUCACCGGGUGGAAGACGACCAGCUGCUGGCAUCCUCUCAGUCUCACCACGGCUUCGUGGCUCAGAGAGGACGCCUCAACAUGCAGGGCUCUGAUAAUGAGGAUGAUCUGUACGGAGGUGCCUGGUGUGCAGAACCAGAGGAACAGAACCAUUGGUUUGAGGUGGACGCCCGCCGAGAGGUGGAGUUCAGUGGGGUCAUCACUCAGGGAAGGAACUCAGAGCAACACGAGGAUUUCGUGUCGUCCUAUUUUGUGGCCUUCAGUAACGACAGCCGUGACUGGACUGUGCUGCACGAUGGCUACGCUGAGUGGUUGUUCUAUGGGAACGUGGAUAAGGACACACCGGUGAUGAGUCAGUUUAAUGCUCCCGUGGUCGCGCGCUACAUCCGGAUCCUGCCUCAGAGCUGGAACGGCAGCUUGUGUCUCAGAGCCGAGAUCCUGGCCUGUCAGCUGCCCAGCAGCCACCGCAGUGAGAAUGAAGUGAACCCAUCUGAUGACCUGGACUUCAGACACCACAACUAUAAGGAUAUGAGACAGAUGAUGAAGGUGAUAAAUGAGGAGUGUCCCCACAUCACCAGAAUUUACAACAUCGGUAAAAGUUCGCAGGGCCUGAAGAUGUAUGCUAUGGAGAUCUCUGACAAUCCAGGAGAGCACGAGACAGGUGAACCUGAGUUCCGUUACACAGCUGGUCUCCAUGGUAAUGAAGCUCUGGGCAGGGAGCUCCUCCUCCUGCUGAUGCAGUUUCUGUGCAAAGAGUAUAAUGACGAGAACCCGAGAGUGCGCCGCCUGGUGGACGGAGUGAGGAUCCACCUGGUGCCCUCACUGAACCCCGACGCCUACGAGCUGGCCUUUGAGAUGGGCUCUGAGAUGGGAAACUGGGCGUUGGGCCACUGGACUGAGGAAGGCUACGACAUCUUCCAGAACUUCCCCGAUCUCAACAGCAUCUUAUGGGGAGCUGAGGACCGAGGCUGGAUCCCUCGUAUCGUGCCCAAUCAUCACAUCCCCCUUCCAGAAAACACCCUUAACGGCUCGCUUGCAGUUGAGACCAAAGCUAUAAUUUCCUGGAUGCAGCGCAGCCCAUUUGUGCUUGGAGCCAAUCUGCAAGGAGGAGAAAAACUGGUCGCGUACCCAUUCGACAUGCAGCGGCCACCAGUUUCUUUAACCGACAGCCGGCGCUGGAGAGUCAACUCUGAGAUGAACGAAGAGACCUGGGCUCGGAUUCAGCGGCAGAACGAAGGUGCUCUGAGGGAGACUCCUGAUGACGCCAUGUUUCGCUGGUUGGCAAUGUCUUACGCCCAUAGCCACCUGACCAUGACCGAGACCUACCGAGGCUCCUGCCAUGGGGAUGACGUCACUGGAGGGCAGGGCAUCACCAACAGGGCCAGCUGGAAACCAGUGGUGGGCAGUAUGAAUGACUUCAGCUACCUGCACACCAACUGCUUCGAGCUCUCCAUCUUCUUGGGCUGUGAUAAGUUUCCCCAUGAGAGUGAGCUGCCUCUGGAGUGGGAGAACAACCGCGAGGCUCUGCUGUCCUUCAUUGAACAAGUACAUCGAGGAAUAAAGGGUGUAGUCAGAGACGUGGAGGGAAAUCCACUGCCUAAUGCCACCGUAACUGUGGAAGGAAUACGGCACGAUGUCAGAACUGCUGCAGGUGGUGAUUACUGGCGGCUGCUGAACCCUGGAGAGUACAGAGUGACGGCGAAGGCUGAUGGCUACACACCCCAGACGAGGCUUUGCAUGGUGGGCUAUGACUCCGGAGCCACGCCGUGCAGCUUCACCUUAGCCAAGUCCAAUUGGGACCGCAUCAAGCAAAUCAUGUCGCUCAAUGGCAGGAGGCCCAUUCGACUCGUCACCAGAAACAACGUGGUGAAAACGACGACGGCCGCCCCCACCCCCACCGCCGGGGUCGAUGAUCACGCCAUCGCUCAGAAAGCAGAGCGACUCCGGCGGCUGAGACUCAUGCGUUUACGCCGGCUGCGUCUGCAGAGGCAACGAGCCAGUCUCACCACCACUCCUGCUACCACGACAACAACAACCACAACAACCACCACUACACCUCCACCUGAAACCGAGAGAACAACUUCCUGGUACGACUCGUGGUUUCCAGUGGACAGCUGGUCGACGGAGAACCCGUUCGACAGCAUCAACUUUGACUCGGUGCCCACGCAGGACUAUCCUUUUGAAUAUACUAUUGAUUGAUUAUUACACAUGAAACCACAUCUAUUAUAUACAAAGUCCUUGCUAACCACUUCAACAUAUCAACUUUAAAAAUACACAGGUGUUAACUGUUUAGCUUUCAGAAAAUUUUUUGCACCAACACUGUGAAUGGAGGGAUGCAAUUUGAAUUUUUUUUUUUUUUUUACAGAGAAUUGAUCAGGAAUAGAAAGUCUCCGCUGAGCAGAGACUAUACAGCACAUGUUUCAUUGGCUCCAUGUUUAAUUCAAAAUGGCUCUUCCUUGUAAUAUCAAUCAGAACCUCCAACCUGACUUCCACAGAAUCAGCUGAUUUUCUGUAAAUUAUCCAUCUUCUUGGGCUGUAAUAACACAUCCAAAAAAAACAAUGGAUAAUUGGACCCACCUCUAUGUACUUCAAAGGCCUGUAACUCUGAAAAUAUUCAUAAUAUGAAUAUUUUUCACAGUUAUCACAUAUACUAAAGUUAUUGUGCAAAAAAAAUAAAUCUGCCAAAUGAGAGCUGUUGUGCCACAUUAUAAUUAAAUACAAUGUGGUUGAUAUCUGAAACUUUCUUCGACGUUUACAGCUGAUUAUGAGGGGGUAAGGUGGAAACUUUUUUUAGAUACGUACAGUAAUUUCUUUUAUGGAAUGACCCAAAACAUACAGUAUGUUCCAGUACAAACAGGAUUAGUCAUUAAAUACGAUUAGUUAUGUCUUAAUAGGAAAUCUACAGUGAAUAUCUUUGUUUCUUUAAUGGCUUUACAGUGUGAUUGCUGGCCUCAGUGUAACUGAUUUAUCGUACUGCUGAAUGCAUUUGAUUAAAAUGAAGUUGUUUUAUAAAUAA